UCUCUCUUUCUCUCUCGGGUUUUGCGUCUCUACAACAGUGCGCGCCGCGCCCUCUUUCGCGAGUGUACUCCCCUCUCUCUUUCUGGAACGUUGUUCUCUCUCGACGCCUCAUUGUUGCCCGCUCCACCGUCGUUCGCGUGGCAUUGUUGUUCAUCGUGACUCAUCGUCACUGGCCGGUCCUCUUCGGUGUAGUUGCCGCUGUAACCCCCCAUCCCGGACGAGCCCCCAUAUGUAGGAGUCUAAACGAAAAAUAAGGCACGGAGAUUCGAAAUCCACGAUCCUCGGAUCCACAGUCGACCGCUUUACCUACGCGACCAAUCCCGUAUACCCUACGUUUCGUGUUCUUAUUGGACUCCUUAUUGUUAGGUAUGGGAGGCGCGGAUACUACACUAUUGUCCGCGAGGUCGUACUUUCUCGUGCGCGAAUAGUGGAAGAUUAGGUAGGUCUCGGAAGGUGCAUCGAGAACACGUGGGAACGUAAUUAAUCGGGGAUUUAGUUGGAAAGGCUCUGUACUAACCCUUUGCAGUCGAGAGGUGACUCCCCGUCACCAUUAGGUUUCACGCAGCAAAUCCCUACUGUUUCUUUAUGUUUAAUUUCUUUAGAGCUCGAAGUGUAAAUAAAGUGAUUGUUGGCGAGGUAAAGGUGGAUCUUAUUCUCUAAACUAGAUAGCUUAGAAUUCAUGGCAAUAGAAUGCUAAGAAACAUCUCGAGUGCAAAGGGUUCAUAAGCCUCCUCUGCUUGCAGAAAUCUCGGGAACAACGUGUUCCCUGCCCUGCCAACCUUGGGACUCUCGGGGUUGCUGCACCUCAAGACCUUCAACAACCCAGCGCUCAGAGAGUUUCCCUCGCCCGAUAGAUUUCCGCGCGUCCAAACGAUGGUGCUCUCGUACGCUUAUCACUGUUGCUCGUUUCUCUCCAUGGAGGUGGAGGACCCGGUGACCAAGUCCUCCGUCCAAGAGUCGAUCUUGUUCCCCACUGACAACGAGUUCGACAUGAGUCUGUGGAACUCGAGCUUUUCCGAUAUAUGGCCGCAGCACAAUAACAUGACCGACAAAUUCGGCUCGCAAAUAAAUGAACUUUGGGCUAACUUUGGUUCAGAUUUUACGUACCCUGGUAACCUGCCCUCAUAUGUUGAGGAUUAUUUUGAAGAGCAGAACAGCCGAGCUACGCUGCCAGCUCAGACACUGCCUUCUCACGUUCAGUGCCUACCUCAACCUGGUCCUUUUCUGCCGUGCCAAGACCUAUUCGACUGGUGGACGCUCCGAUGCGGCGUAUGGGUGGUCUUUCUGCUCGCGAUGCUUGGAAAUGGGACGGUGGUGUUCGUAUUAAUAUUCUCCAGGAGCAAAAUGGACGUCCCGCGAUUUCUGGUUUGCAACUUGGCCGCCGCGGACUUUUUCAUGGGUAUUUAUUUAGGUCUCUUGGCAGUGGUAGACGCCUCCACCCUUGGGGAGUUCCGGAUGUACGCCAUUCCUUGGCAGAUGUCCGCCGGAUGCCAGCUGGCCGGCUUCCUGGGUGUUCUGAGCUCCGAGUUGAGCGUUUACACCCUGGCGGUGAUCACUCUGGAGAGGAACUACGCCAUAACUCACGCGAUGCACUUGAACAAGCGGUUGUCGUUGAAGCACGCGGGCUACAUAAUGACAGUGGGCUGGGGCUUUGCUUUGGCGAUGGCUACUCUGCCUCUGUUCGGUGUCUCGGACUACAGGAAGUUCGCGAUAUGCUUGCCGUUCGAGACGAACGGCGACGCCGCUCUCACGUACGUGAUCUUCCUGAUGCUGAUCAACGGUGUAGCCUUCCUGAUACUGAUGGGAUGCUACCUGAAGAUGUACUGCGCGAUCAGGGGUUCCCAGGCGUGGAACUCGAACGACUCUCGCAUAGCGAAGCGAAUGGCGCUGUUAGUGUUCACGGACUUCCUCUGCUGGUCCCCCAUAGCGUUCUUCUCCCUGACGGCCACCUUCGGAUUGCAGCUGGUCUCCCUGGAACAGGCGAAGGUGUUCGCCGUGUUCGUACUACCGUUGAACUCCUGCUGCAAUCCGUUUCUAUACGCGAUCCUGACCAAGCAGUUCAAGAAGGACUGCGUGCUGAUAUGCAAGGCGAUCGAGGAGUCUAGAGUGACUAGGGGGAUCGGCAGAUGCCGGCACAGUUCAAAUUUCAGCAACCGACAGACCCCGGUGAACACUAACAGCCUGGUGGACAGGUCCUCGCGCGACAAUCAGACGCCCUGCGCGUGCAACGCGAGACUAUUGGAGACCGGACAGUGCUCCGGUUACCGACGAUGGGGCACCAGAAUACUGUGGCCAUGCGCGAAGAACCCUCGGCCGCGUCACGCGCGCAGCGACCAGUACGCUUACCAGAUCGCGGAGAUCCAACAGAAGCAGCACAAAAGAGCCUCCUCGGUCUCCUCCAGCGAGAACUUCUCCUCGUCGAGAUCGGACUCUUGGAGGCAGACCCACCAUUGCGGAAUCCCGUUGCGGCUGCUAGACCCCAAAAGAAGGGCGUCGUCCUGGCUGAUCACCAGGAAACCGUCUCAAGACUCCAAUCUCAGUUCGUCUAGAAACGACUCGUCCGGUUCCGCCACCACUGCUAGCACCAGCACGUGGAGGAUAUCCAGAUCUAGCGCGUCGUUGGAGAUAAACGCGCGGAACACGCCCAGACCGGCCAGGUCGAAGCCAAGACUGACGCGUCAGCUGGCGAUCCAGGAACCAGAACCACCGGGAUCACCUAGCAGACUAGCCGUCAGGCUACUCGCCACGAUACCCUCCGCGGCAGAGACCAGCGAUCAGCAGGACGACGAGAACACGCCACAGAAUUAGAGAUAUUGUGUACGAGUGCGUGUGUGUAUGCCACUGUGUGUAUGUGCGUAUACCUUUCAGGGAUUAGUCGAUCCUGAAGGAUCGUAAGACCGGGUCUCGUUGCUCCUGAACGGUUUCAGUAUUAGAAGAGUGGUAGUUGACGAGUGUGAUCGCAUGCUGGAGCUUUGGAGAAGCAAGGGACAUUGGCGAAGAGAGGAAUGUUGUAUCGUAAAAUUACUCGCGCAUGUUUUCGUAGACGUCGUAGACGGUCCAAGGCCAAGAUAGCGAAAGACCAAUCUACCUUUACUGACCGUCCGUUACACGCGCAGAUAAGCGAUUCGAUUGCACCCUGAGGGUGUAAUCGACGCAUCCAAUAGUCAUAUUUGUUAAAUACUGCCAAUGAUUACAGUGUCUCGGGAAACAAUAGCCUUUCGCAUGACUCGAAUCCGUUGUUUACGAGAGAGUGGUUCUGUAUCUUUGUUUCAGAUACGGUGAAUCCCAUUUUCACGUGACAAAAUCAGCACUGCCAAGUUGCGGGGAAUCCCCAGCACCGAAUAAACAGUGUAAUGAUUCUAAAGUAAUGAUUCUAUUACUUGAGAGAUAAACAAUCGUCACUUGAAAGCGUGAAUCACUGUAAGAGACGAAUCCAAGACGAUGUUUCUCUUUGAAAAAGAAGAUUCCUAGACUGGUCAAUUUUUUUAGUGGGUUUUAGCAUAAAAGAGACCUCGAAGACCGUAGGUUUAAAUCCGUGACAUUGGAACUCGACAUUCUGUAUAGUUUUGGAUUAAGAAUAGAACGAUGAAGUAUUUAUUGAUAAAUUAAAAGGACACACGACGUGUUUGUUUUCUUUCUUUUCGCGAGGAAAUCACUCGGCUCCCGCCGCUGAUGAGCGCUUCUAUCGAAAAACGCGUGAACCGUUCGAGAGGAAAUCUUCUGUCGCUAGAUCAGUAUUCAAGGAGGGAUCCGUUGUAUAAUAUUUCGAUUGUUAAUAGGGUGCGUUUGCGUUAUUAUAAGACUGACGGUUUAUACAAUUCGUCCCGUAAACUUGUAACCGAUUUCUAGCUGAAAAUCGGGUCACGUAACGUACAGGGUGUCCUAUAUAAAAUGUUACAAACUGUUUCCUUGGGAACUAACGAAGCUUAAGGUGGAAGGUGUUGUUAAUUUUUUACUAGAUUCAAUGGACUUCCUUUUUCCUAACAACGACCGUUGUUAGUUUCUAAGAAAACGACUUGUGACAUUUUGUACGACAUACCCUGUAUAUGGUUCGCAACAAGUUCCGCAAUACUAGUAAUAAACGAUUAAUUCUCGAUUAAUUUAUUGAUUAAACGAUGGUUUGUUCGUCGCUACGGUGGUCGAUAAAUUCUCGAGUAAACUGUGAUUACAUUUAACAGAAAUUUGAACAUCUUUUGCUAACCAUUUUAUAUAUCGUAUUGUACAUAGAGUUAUCGCAACGACAUAAAUAUCCGAAAGUUUAUUUAUUACGAAGCGUGGAAAGAUAAUAUUAUACAGAACCGAUGGGGAAUAUCAAACGUUGACUGUAAUCGUUGAACAAAUUACCCAUGACUCAUUUUUCUAACUACCUCUGCAUUGUGAAUACUUAAGGUUUUGAGUCUUAUAUAUUUAUUACAUAACCGAAAGGAUAUGAUUAGUGUAGCUAAGCUCCGGCGAAACAACGUAACAUUAAUUUGUCAUCUAUGAAAGUUACAAUAUCAAUGCAAAACAACUGCCAACAAGUUAACGUACGUAAUUAAUCGUUAGUUUAAUAGACGAUACAGAAUAAUAGUUACUAGGAGUAAUAUCGUUACAAUUACAAGUUUUAAAGUUCAUCUAGAAUGUUAAAAACAAAAGCUAUCGCAAAGGCGAAGCUCUCUGAGAAUUUAUGGACCACCUUAAUAAUCGUGGAGAUAAAAGAUUCGCAAGUGCAGCUAAGUUAAUCGAUUGUUAGGUUACAGUUAGAUCGUUCUAGCCUAAAAAUUAUUAUAAGAUCGUUAUACAGGGUGGCACGAAAACUAUCACCGCCAAAGUGUCCGAGUGUAAGAGAGCUAUUGCGAAACACUAGCGCCAAUAAGAUGUAGCAUAAGUCCUGUCGACGCUACUGUUUCCUUGUAGUCAAUUCUGCAACGUAUAACUUUUCUUUGAAUCUCUUUCUAACUCUUGUCGCUCGUCUGUGGUAUUUCGAUGACCACCCUGUAGUGUGCAAAUGUUUAUACGCGGUAGAGACGCUUAUAGUAUUACCACUUACCGGACUCGUUCUGUUGUUGAAUGCGUUGAUUCGUUUCUUCGCCGUUUUCGUUGUUUUCACAGCAACCGUUGCUGCAUCCAUUUUUUUGAGCGUCGUUUCGCCUGCUCGACGAACGCGAUUUGCGUGUGUGUCCGAACCGAACUAUUUAAUAACGUUUUUCUAAUAAAACUGUGCAUUACGAUAAAA